CGCUCUGUUCAAGCGCAGCUCAUUGCGCUCCAGACGCUCCACGCACCCGAGUGCGCAAGACCGCCGCUGUUUAGGAUAAGGCUAAAUACUAGACAAAGCACAGUAGUGUUUGUUGCAGCGCCACUCUCGAAACGACAGAAAUCUACAUACAUAUCUACAAACAUUGUGCGUACUUCAAAGCCUGCACAAACCAACAGUGGCGCUCAAGUAUCUUCAAACAUGAGCAUCAUCUCGGAUGGCGGUGAUGUUCUUGAUGGAGAUAUGCGUGCUGACACUUCAUGACAAAAGAUACUCAACUCGAUUUUUCAGCGUCCGAUCAGCCGUGGCAAAGAAGAGGAGAGAAGAACGCAGGAUGAAAAGCACUGGCUUACUACUGGGUUACUUUUUGAUGAAAGUUCUUGUGUGCGACGCAGAAGGAGAACCUGGGAAAAACCUGGAUGGUUUGGUGACGGCGUCGGGGUCCAACGAUUCCAGAGACGGGGAGAACGGUCUGUCCGAGACCCCUCACACGGAGGACAGGUGUCGGGGCUAUUAUGAUGUGAUGGGUCAGUGGGAUCCUCCUUUCGUGUGCCGGACUGGUAGCUACCUGUACUGUUGCGGGACCUGUGGCUUCAGGUUCUGCUGCGAGUUUAAGAACUCCAGAUUAGAUCAGACCACCUGCAAGAACUACGACACUCCGCCGUGGUCCAUGACGGGCAGACCGCCGCCGAAGAUGAUGGACCAACACGAUCCGACUAAGGAUAAAACCAAUUUGAUUGUGUAUAUCAUAUGCGGAGUAGUUGCUAUCAUGGCUCUGGUUGGGAUAUUCACCAAACUUGGCUUAGAGAAGGCGCAUCGACCUCACAGAGAGAACAUGUCGAGAGCGCUGGCCCAGGUGAUGCGCCAGACAGCUCCAGGAGAACAUGUGGAGAGCGAGGAGAGCUUGGCGGUGCAUGGACAACACUACGAGAACAUGCAGGCCAGAGCAACAGGAAACAACCUGCAGAGUGCCCAAAUAAACAGCGUGGGACCUGGCCCAUCUAUGAUGCAGGCUAUGACACAAUAUCCUGCCCUUGGACAAGUACCUGUAGCCCACCCCUAUGAACCAUCUCAAACUGGCAAGGAGCUCAACAAGUAUGCUUCGCUCAAGGCUGUGGCUGAAAAAGCGAACGAAAACUUCUACACUAACAGACGGCACCUAGCCGACCUGGCAGCAAAAGGCACUCUUCCCAUGCACUCGGUGAGUCUGGAGCAGGAGCCCACCAACCCUUACAGCCCCGAGCUGCCCUGCCAAAAGCAGAACGGACACAAGUCCAAAAGCACCAAGGUCCACAGCUCCCACCCGCUAGCUUUUGGCUCAAACACCAUCGCCAACCCCGGCAUGCUGAAGGGCUGGGAGACCACAGAAACGCUGGGCCGUCGGCACACGUACGCCCCCAAGAAGCACAGCGCCACCGUGGAGCAAGUGAACGAGCUGACAUCUGCCCACAGCCAGCACUAUCUGCCACCACAUCCGUACUUCGUCACCAACAGCAAGACUGAGGUGACCGUGUGAACCGGGCACAACGCCGGGUUUAUCGAGCCCAGGCCUGAGAACGGAGAACGAGGAUAAUAAGGGAAGCCUGAUGGAGGAAGAAGAGUGGAUUAGGAUCCCGUCCUGCUGGAAGGAUUGAACCGAGCGGUCUGGCUCGAGAUCUGCAUGGCUGUAUGUGUGCUGUUUGUCUUUGAGGAACAGGCGUGCAUUGGCGACGUUCGCACGGGAAACCGUGGAACUCUUUCUGUGUCCAUUCCGUCACAAACGAAUAACCUGAGCUGUAGUGAUGAGGCCAUCAGUCAAUGUGAUGAGGACCCAUUGAAACCCUAAGCAAUCAAUGCAAUCAAACGUACUACUGUAGAUGAUGUUUCGCAACAGCUUGUGAGAAAGUCCCUUAAGAAACACUAUCCUGUUUUUCUCAGAAUCUUGUAUAUAACAGAAUGGAUGAAAAAUGUCAAAGGCUUCCACGGAUAAUUAAAGGACAUCGAUCUGGAAGAUGACAAAUGACGUGAGGACAAUCGUGUCUCAAGUUCUUCUCAUCUCGUCACUCGAGAUCUCCAGAGCGUGUGCACCAAAAACCUGUAGCAACGUAACACGCUGUAUCCUGACAAACACUGGGCUUGUGCCUUUCCAACAGAAGAACUCAUUAUCUAGGAGCUCUUGUGCUUUUCAGCGAGCACAUGGUGUUUCUUCAAUAACAAAGAUGCAUAAAAUAUAAACAAAUCUAUUGUUUACGGCUGUCAUACUUCGGUAUAGAAAAUGUUUAUUGUCAGUGUUCUUAAAUACACAUUUCCCUUCUGUUUUCGCCAUUUUUUUCGGAUGUGUUCACACAUUGUAUGGCCCUAUCUUUUAGUGCAACUGUAGACUGUAGACAAAGGAAGUACUCUAGGGUUAAUGAUAGACGUUCAUUAUUUUUCAAUGUUGUAUGAUAAAAGUGAAUGGUAAAUUCUGAUAGCGAACAAGAUUGUUACGACACUGCCAUUGUUGCAUUCCGAGUGUAUUCGGUAUCGAGAAUGGAUUCAGUAGUUUCUUUUGUCUUUAGCAUCAAAAUGUGAACCAUUUCAAUUAGCGUAAGGGCAAAAGGCUGCAUUCAGUUUCCAAACCUGAACGUUUUGUCAUCCACAUCGAAAUUAUCCCAGGUAUCUGGCUGUGAAUAAUGUGGGUCACAUAAACUUUAAUUGCUGUGAAACAAGUGGCUUUAUCUCGGUACUCUUAAAAUGUUUUUGACCUAAACCGAGAUCGUAAAUUAGCAGGCUAACUCAUUGUGGAAAUAAAAAUACAUUUACAUAUCUAGUAGUACAGCUUUUUGCACGCUUACACGCUUUUUCACAUUCUCAGUAUUCACGAUAUAAGGGGUGAUCACAUUAAAUUUUGUGUUUGUACUCUGCUGUUUUUAAGUUUGGUGAACUCUGGCUUGCAAAUCUGUACAGCGAUGUUUGAUCAUUAGUGGAUGUAAAUGUCACAGACUGACCUGCUGCUAGUGGCGCAGAAAUUGCACACUUCACCUUUAAGGUAAACUAAUAGUUCAACCAAAAAGAAAUAUCUGUUCAAAUUUUACCCUCAGGGCAUCCAAAAUGCACAGUAAAUGAGUUUGUUCUUUGGAGAAAUUUAGCUUUAUAACACUUGCUUAUUAGUGGAUCCUGAUGUGCAGUGAAUGGGUGCCGUCAGAAUGAGAGUCCAAACAGCUGAGAAAAACGUCACAAUAAUCCACAAGUCGUCAACUUGUUUCUGUUUUUCACGUUAAAUGAUUGCCUGGAAUCCUGCAGCUUACUUAUGGAUUAUUGUGAUGUUUUUUAUCUGCUGUUUGGAUGCAUUAAUGACCAAGUGAUGUAAUGCAAGAUUUCUCCAAAUCUGAACUCAUUUACUCAAACUCAUCUUACAUAUAUGUUUAUGACAUUAGUUUCUAUACUAAUACGCAACGCAAUGUAAUGUGUAAUUCAAAAUAUGGAUGAAACACCUAUAAAAGAAAUCAAUAAAAAGAACAUUGGGUUAGAGUUUAACAAAAUUUUCAUAAAGUGAAAGGUUGGCACAGGCAACAUCUCAGGACGAGCAUUCAAGUGAUAUCUGACAGCUGGUGACAUUUUAGGUGUGGUAUGUCUUUAACUGCACAUUUAAAAAUGUUUUAAAUUUGUACAAAUACUGGAACAGAGUGUCAGCUACACAAAUCUCCUUUGCGAGUUUUAAUUACCAUUUUAAAAUAUUGAAAAUCCCACAAAGUCUGGAUACAUUCAGAUGUUAUUUCAAAAUGUAUUCCAAAGCAGAAACCCUAGAGCGUUCCAUCAUAUCCUUUUGCUCAUAUUCACUGCAGACUAAAAUCCUAAAAUCUAGUGUGACCACCCAAGCCACAUAUCAAUAAAAUAUUGUAAGAUUCACAGCUAAUAGAGAUGAAAGCCACAUUGACAUGUUGAAGGGUUGAUUAUUUACAAUGAGAAAUAAAAAUCCCCGUCAAGAUUCAACAACAAAGCAGCAUAAAGCGCAAUAUCAGUAUUGUGUCAAAUUUUAGCCUCUGCUGUUAUAAGAAUUCAGAGAAAAAAACACUCCAGGCAAAAUAACACAAACCCUGCCUUCAGUUUUACUGCUUGUCUUUUUCAUACCAUUGAAUACUGUCUUUGUGCGUCACUGCCAAACAGCCUGCGACAAACCAGUACUUAAGACUGACAUAAUGGCCGCUGGUCUGUCAGUCACGGAGUCCACUCAACAUCUAUUAAACCUGAGUGUCUCACUGCAGGUCACCUCAUGACUCAGAGCACACUACAGGAUCACUCACCGGGGGGCACGUUUCUUGGAAUUAAAUCACAUAGUGAAUACCUUUUCCUCUGAAAUCUCUGAACACUGCAGAAAUGGAUUAGAACAGAUAAUGUCAAGAUUCGCCGUAGAGCUAAAAAGACCUGCACAGCUGGAUUCCAGGGCUUUAGUCCGUACAUCUGAGAGAAAUCGUAAGAAAUCACCAUUGUGAUACAGAAAUCAGGAACGUGGGGGAAAAAUCUAGGUUAACAAUUGAGAGAGAAUUCACUAAGAAUUAAUUGCGCCCCUGAUUAGUUUAUUAUUGUUUUAGCAUCAAAGGUAAACAGAAUACAGCAGACUCAUUUGAUGAAUUAUUGCUCCGUGAUUAAUAUAAAAUGUACACGGUGUUAACUUUGUUAGGCAAAAUAGUAGGAUUUUGUUAAUAAGAAGCAGUCGUGAAAAGCCUUAAGAUGCAGUUACGCUAUACAGUGCUUCAUUUACGCAUGCUUGUAUUCACUAUGCUUUUGAGUUUGAUUAGGAGAAAAUGCAGUUAGGCUUCUGAAUUUGCUUGAAAAAAAUGUUUGAUCAAUAGAAGAUGUAAAUGCUACAGACUGACCUCCUGACUGAGUUUGAUGUUUUGCAGGAUAGUGUCAGGCAGUAUAUUGCAACCCAUUGAAUGCAUGAUUCAAAAUAAAUAAAUAAUAAUAAUGAUUCAUAUGUUAAUUUAGUUUCUACUAUAUAUAUAUAUAUAUAUAUAUAUAUAUAUAUAUAUAUAUAUAUAUAUAUAUAUAUAUAUAUAUAUAUAUAAUAAACUAAAUAAUCAUAUGAAUGAAUUUUGAUAUGAAUUGCAAUGAAACUUUAUACCAUCAAACCUAAUGUAUUGUCAUUAGAAUUUAGCGAAAAAGGUGAAAGCAGUUUCAAACUGGUUUAAAAGUGACUUUCAUGUAAGCAGUGCUUCAUACAUCACUACAGCUGACAAAGGACCUUUUUGACCGCAAAAGAAAUUUCACUAAUGUCACUAUACUUUACCCUUUUGCUAAAACCUUUACACAUAACAAUGUCUCUUUACACAAUGUAAAAAAGAGAUGCAUUUUUGUUGCGAUUAUUACACUUGGUGCAAACAGUAUGUAAUAAUAAUAAUGCACAAACAGCACUAUACCAAUGUAAAUAGUAACUGGUUAAACUGGAUUAAGGUUGUAAGCUUCUUAUGCUAAAAUACCUCACAAAAAAAUGUGGCGCAACUGCUUAGUGAAUUCAUCUCUCAGUGUGUUGAAAUGUAUAAAACCCCAUGUUACGUUCAGCCUACAUAGGGGGUAGUCUUAUUACUGAUUGCUAUUUCCACCUCUCAUUGUGCCUUGCUGUUCAUUACCAGACAUUAAGUCUGAUUUUUAUGUUUUUAUCCAUACGUUAUGUUUGCAUUUCUCAGCUUCAUUGGGGUUGGCCAUGUACGAAUGCAUAAAAAGUGGUUUUUAUCUUUUGACAUCAGCACAAGGUCUUCUUCAUUAGAGAUUUGGUGAACUCGUACAUAACAGACGCCGUCUCGAAGAGUCGGCUGUACAUUAUAUCACAAAAGGGCUGAAUAUUAGCAGAACAACUUUAAUGCUGUGAUCAUGAAGGUUAGAUGUUGAGCCAAUGCACUCUGACUCUCAGUGAAAAAAACACAUUGACAUAUAUAUAGGCAGAUGUUAUAAAAGCUGUGCUAAAAUGAUAUUGCCCUUUAUUUCAUGUCUUGAGAAACUCCAUCACCCCACUGCAACUGAUAUUGAUGUUAGUUUGUGUAUUUGCGUCUGUAACUGGUUCAUUUUAAACACUCGAAUACGAUUUCAGAGUAUUUCCUUUCGAAAAGUAAUACCUCAAAAACCCACCGUCGAAUUAAUUGAAUUGUUUAUUCUGGAUAUAGCUAUGCCGAUGGUAUACAUAACUCUUUUAUGAUAUGAUAUUGUCAUAUUCUUCACGUAAAGCCAGAAUAGUUACACAAUAACUUGUAAGUAGUAGCAUAGUAGUUGCUGAUGAGACCAAGUUGUCCAGUUCAGUGGUCUAUAUUGUAAAUCACAUAGACGAAGCAUUGAGGAUUACAACGAAGCCCGCCAAACUAAUAACUGCACAAGCUCAAAUUAUACCGUAAAACCUUGAGUGUCUUUUAUUGAAGGGUUAUUUUGUGAUCCAGGUUUAUUUGAAAAUGUGUCAAUAUAGUAUUCAGUUAGUCAUAAUACUGUGUGUACUUCAGCGUGCUCUGUACUGGCGAGGCAUCUGAGAAACAGAGCACAUUUAAUACACUAAGGUACAUUUUUUUAAACAAUGUAUUCUAUGUAACAUUUCUAUGUGGAAGUUGAAAGUUUAAGCACUGUUGUACCGUUCACAUCACAAAACUUAUUUACAAUAAAUGUCUCUUCUCUAUAAA